CCUAGCGGCGACGGAGAGCUCGGGCGUGGUUUACGCUCCCGCAGGCUCGCGUUCACGCGCGGAAAGAAAAAAAAGGAACAUUUCUCGCGCGGGGCUCAAAGGGACAAGCGUGAACAGCUCGCGCGUUCCCGGUCCGGACCCCCGCCGCAAUGCUGAGCCUGGGGAGCGGUGGAGCGAAAAGCACCAAGCCGUCGUUCGUGUCCUACGUGACGCCCGAGGAAAUCAAAUCUGAGAAAGAGUCACAAAAGAAAGAGAGACAUCCCAACUUGCUACCAGGGGAAGUCGUGUUCUGCAGUGCAAGCCCCGUUCUCAAACACACACAGGAUGACCUCUCUCAGCGGGGAAUCUUCGGCACGCUCCUCUGCACUAAUUUCCGCGUCUCUUUCGUCAGCGACGAGACACCGCUGGAGGAGACGACCCAGCACUUCAGGAAUAAGCUUUAUGGAGAAAAUGACAUUCCUCUAAUGUGUGUGGACCAUGUUUACGGAGUUUACGAUGAAAAGAGAAAGUUGAUAACUGGAGGCUUCCUGGCAAAUAAAUAUCCAUCCAAAUUCAUCAUUCACUGUAAAGACCUGCGUGUCUUCCAAUUCUGUUUAACCUAUACCAAAGAAGAGGAUGCCAAAAAGAUUUUUCGGGGUAUUGUUCAUCAUUGCUUGGAGCCAAAGUCCCUGAAGUGCGUCUUUGCUUUUGCUUACGCUCAUGCAGCAAGACCAGAAAUGUAUACAGCAGAGAAGACUGUUAUGUUCGAUUCAUCAGCUGACUGGAUGCAAGAAAUGAAAAGAACCAAAGGAAACUGUAGAUUAGUCACGAACAACGAGAACUUUGAACUUUCCACAAAAUUACCAAAGUACUUCAUCAUUCCAGCAGCUGUCACUGAUGAGGAUUUAGGUCAAUUCCCAGGAAGCGGGUUACCAAUUUGGUGCUGGUCCCACCAUAGUGGCUGUGCUUUAUUUAAAUCCUCCUCUGUACCCACAAAUCAGGAAGACGGGGUCGUGCAAGCCUAUGUGGAGAGAAUGCUUCAGGCUGUGGCUCAAAAUCACCUUUAUUCUGUUAAAACAGAGGACUUGUCUGAAACGCUUCCUACCAUUCAGGACAUUCAGCAGUCUUACACCAAGUUCAAACAAUUUUUUCUCAUUGAUAAUUCCACUGAUUUUUGGGUGUCAGACGUCAAGUGGUUCUCCUCACUUGAAAGCUCAGGCUGGCUAGAAAUGAUAAGACAGUGUCUCUAUAAAGCAGUGGAAGUGGUAGAGUGCCUUGAAAAGGAAAAUACCAAUGUUCUUAUAAUGGAGGAGGAAGGCACUGACUUGUGCUGCGUUAUUUCUAGCCUGGUUCAGAUAAUGCUGGAUUCUCACUACAGGACUCUGGCAGGCUUUCAGGGCCUGGUGCAGAAAGAAUGGGUUGCUGGCUGUCAUGCUUUCCUCGAUCGAUGCAAUCACCUUCAUCAGAAGGACAAGGAGUGUCAGUCCCCAAUCUUCCUGCUCUUCCUGGAGUGUGUGUGGCAGCUGGUUCAGCAACACGAAACAGCCUUCCAGUUUUCCGAGACGUACUUGACCGUCCUGUCCGACAGUGUCCACGUGCCAAUCUUCAGCACAUUUCUUUUUAAUUCUGCCCACCAGAUGGAAAGCACAAUGAAGGCCGAGUCUCAGUACUCACAAAGAGGCCCAUUGACCUGCCCUGCAGUGUGGGACUGGUCGGUGCAGUUUGACUGCAAGGCGCAGCAGCUCUUCCUCAACCCUCUGUAUAGCGAGAAGCUCAAGCAAGAGAAAACCCUACGCAGAGUUCCUCGAGGAAAGCAGCACCAGCGGCAGUUGUCCUUGCCCAGCUCUGCAUUCAAAACACCUCCCAAGAAAGGUUUCUUCAAAGAUGAGGCAGACAGCCUGAAGAAACUGCUUCGUGUAAAACGUCUCAGUCGCUGGAUGGUGUCACCCGAAAGCCCGGUGGCAGGGUCCACUAGCGAGUUCUAUGAGGCUUGGCAGCGUCGCCCACCGGACCCGCACGGCCUGCUGCUGCCAUGUCUGUCUGGACCAACCAUGCGUCUGUGGAUGCAGCGCUGCCUCCGCUGGAUCCCCGACAGCCAGAUCGUGGGUGGAGGCCCCGUGGCCGUCACAAGCAAACUUGCUGAGCUCCUGGCUCAAGUGCAGGAGCUCCAGAGUCAGCUGGAACCAAGGGGAUGCUGUGAAAAUCAGGCUGUAAGCCAUCGCCUGCAGCCAUGUCCAAUAGCGUUCACACGGACCUCAGUGCGUCUGUCGUCCUCUUUCCCCUUUGCUACUGGUCGGACCUGGUACUCAAAGCCCGCCAUUCCCACGAGCCUUCUACAUAGUCUGAUGGUGAGCGAUAAGCUAGCAAGCCAAGAUGACGAAAGCAGUGAAGUUAUAAGCUUUGUUUAGGAGCAGGAGUCAUAUUUAGAGUGGCUUGGAGUCACAUUCACACGUGUCUCUUUACAAUGGAUAUAAAAAGUCUUCACAGACCGGUUACAAUUGUAGGGUUUUUUGGUGACGUUAAAAAUAAAAGCAAGAUAAAUCAUGUUCGCACCUUUUCCACCCUUAAUGUAAAAUUACAACUUUAUAAAAAAAACUAUCAAACGUUUUAGGUAAAAAAAAAAAAAGGCAGGAUAAAAAGCUUGCAAUAACUCCAUUGAAUAAGCACGCACACCCUUUGGGUGAAGCCUUUUGAUUUUUAAAGGCAGGUCUUUUGCGUAGCUGCUGUGGAUGCAGGUUUUCAUUUCAAUCAUGCAGGAGCCACACCUUGUUCCUCCUGUUUCAGUUCAACUUGGCUUUCAAUUAUCAUGCAAUCAGGCAGCAGUCGCUAGAGAGACUUCUGCUUGGUAAGAAUGAAAACCUUUCCCCACAAUGGCCUAUAUUAUAGUUUAAUAGGCCUAUUAUUAUAGUUUCUAUAAGACCUGUCUGUCUGUCUGUCUUUCUGUCUGUUUGUCUAUACACACACGCACACACACACACAUAGAAAUAUAUAUAUAAAUUAAGCUGUCAAGUCUAAAUGGCUGUCAUUUCUUAUUAAACACGUGAAAGAUAUCGAUCCAAACGAAAUCUCACCCUUUAAAGGGCAGAAACGUUGAUUAUUACGACUCGUCUGCUGAAUUAUAGGAUGAUUUACUGAGGUAUUAACAUGACCGCUCUGAGACCUUUACCAUUUUUGUUGUCAUUAAAUGCAAAUUAGAUGUGCCUUAAAUGCACUUUAUAAUUUACAGGUAAUCAUUUACCAACAGGCACACUGGGGCUUUUGACUAGGACCUGUGCUUAUGAAUGAUUUGAAGACGAGACCUAAAGCCUUAAGCCUUUGUGUAGCGAAUGAUCUCUUAGUGAUAUGAGGGAUAAAGCGGGGGAAAAGCAUUAUUUAUACUGUAGGUGGAUUUUACUGUAUCAGAACCUUCACUUGAGCCGAACAGAAUUAAAUUUAUAUCUAAGAAUAAACACAAGCGCGAUGUGUUUAUUUUGUACAUCCAAUAUGUUGGCUUGGCAUUUAUUUACAAGGUUGCACAAUCUAGAAUGGAUGAAGUGUUAUAUUUUUUUCAUUAAUAGCACUUUUCUAGUGCUACUCGUUAUGAUACAGCCUGAUUCAUAUGACUAGUAUAACAGUGGAGUAUAAGGAAAUGUUCUGGAUUUAAUCUGAAUGAAUGUGCUCUAGAUUAAUCUAUCCAUGUUUUCAUGCCUAGACGCAAAUAUUAUAUGUACAAUUUUACAUAUUAAGAUACUGUUUGCAUUGUUUGUUGCCUUUUUGCUUUAUUAUAUUAUGUGUAUACUGCAUAUAACUCGCUCAGCCUUAUGGUGCAUACCUCAUUUGGUCUAAUGCCUUAACUACUGACUGCAGUCUUACUGAUUUAAAAGGUUUAAGUGGGUUUUUUUAUGGGUAGCUAAAAUAUACACGCAGAUUCAGUCCAAGUCAACCAUAAAAAAAAAUCUACAAUAGGCCUUAUUUAUUUAUUUAUUUUUUUCAAAUCAAAUUGCCUAAUGUUUUAAAUGAUUUAUUAUUUUCAUAACGCAUCCCAAGGUUUAAAGAAAUUGCUAAUAAACAUGUGUGAUUUGGUGCCAUCUGCUGGUUGACGGUGACUCUGAAAGACAGGGAACAAAUAAUAAUAAAAAAAUGACUGAAUUAGAAUUCCCUUCAAUUCCCUUAGAGUGAAGGGGUGCAAUCAGUGUUCCAAUUCAUCCCAAAGGUGUUUAAUAGGCCCAGGCUACAUUUAAGAUGAUCUUCUCCAAACCAUGUAAAUCAUAUCUUCAUGCAGCUCGCUUUGUGCACAAGGGCACUGCCAUGCUGGAACAUGCUGGUACAUUUAUUAUAAAUGUUUCAAAGAAGGAUUAUCAAUGUUGUGUAAAACAACUAAGUCAUGUAAAGACACAUUGAGAACUUGAAAAAGCAUAAUACAGAAAUACCUAGCCAGCAUUUUCUUGCCCUGUAUGCAAUAAAUAUAUACUUAAGCCGAAAAAGUAACCUGUAACACAUUUGUUCGCAAAAGGAAAGUGCCUUAGGUUAUUGCAGAAUGGAUAAAAUGUUAUUAGGAGUAUACAAAUCACAUAAAAGGUGCCUACAGUGUAAAUUAUAUAAUUACACCUUAAUGUUAUAUUUGCAUUUAUAAUUAAAUCUUAUACCUUUUAUGAAUGAACGAUUGAUUGGAAUCAAGUGCUUCUUUUAUAAGCUGUUUUGUUGUUUUUGUUUAUUUUUUUUUACAUGAUUGUACUACUGCCUGUUUGCGCUCAGACACUGUUACAUAAAGCUAAUGAUUUUUACUGGGACGAGUUUGUUUACUACGAUUUUGAACAUAUGGUGGUUCUGUUGGUUCUGAUGAUUGUACAUGCGUUCUGUUCUCGCUCAAAUAAUCAUCCAAUACAUGUUCUUAUGCUUUACCGAGA